UCGUCUGCUCUAAAUACUGACUAGUGGAUUUAUUCGUAUCUCAGUUUCACAGAACGUCAGGGCGGGUACCGAACCAAGAAUCUAGGGACUAGAUUUGAAAAAAAAACCGAGAAGCUGGGUUCUGGGGGCCAGAGAAACUCGAGAAAUCGUGGCUUACCGCCAGCGAGGAGGCCAAGGAAGAAAAGUACCUUCAUUUUUACCGAAAAACAAUGUGAAAAACGGUUAGGCAAGCAAUAAAUGGGAGCCUCGGCAUGUCAAGGUCACGCACAGAUGCCGGGCGGCCUUAUGUCGGGACGGCCGCAACCCAAGAACUUUUAACCGCGCCAAAAAAACAGGGCUAAACAGCGUCUACGGGGGACAAUCAAACAAGAAAGUCAGCGAGGGAGAAAACGCAGGAGGGACGUGGAAGUCACUAGAAUCGACAGAAUAUCGGCGAGGCCGUCCUACGAGUCCAGUCUUCUUGUCUCGGUUUCAACGGAGACGACGGGACCGAAAGACCGAAGAAGAGGAUACUUGUGCCUUCUUCUCGGCUCUCUAAAGUUCUGAUGUGCUAUCAAAGCCCGUGAAACUUGCUGUUAUGAUAAAGAACCAGCACAACACGCUGCCCUUUCCGUGCAUCCGUGCUGUGUGCUGUUCACUGGCUGAGAUCAGGAGCCUCGCUCUGUACACCGUCUCGGGAUGAAUCGAAGUCGGGACCGAGCGACCAGCUGGAAACGGAGUUUGUGCAACGGCACACGGGGAAGAAACCAAAGUCAACUUUUUCGCCAGCAAACCCAGAGCAGCAACCUCCUUGUGCUGAUCUGCAUGCUUAGGGAUGAAACAAGGAAAACGUAUUAAAUACGACAGGGUCAGAAAAUGUGGGUUCGAGGGACUAUCCCAAUGUCCAACAAGCGGUAGCGACGUGCGUUUCAGCGCCUCGAUGCGCUUCUGUCCUGGGACUCAUUACUCGCAUGUAAGCCGGAACUCUUUGUGGUCGCCGCCAAGCUCUCUUCAAAAGCUGCGCAUUGUCUGGAGCCACGCAGCUGAAGGGAAAAAAGGAGGGUCAGGCACAGCGCUAACGCCCUUGCCAUGAGAAACGUUGAUUUUUGCAGCCGCUAGAGGAUUAAAAGUCAACCUCGUCGAUUCGAGACGGCAAGCACCUCUCCCAGAUCCAGAAGUUGAGCCUCAAAAAGUCUCCGCAACUAGCUGAGAAUGCAUCGACGUCGCCGGUGACCAAGGCCUUGAGCCUGCGGCCGCCUAUUUGGGUGAACUUCCGGGAUUGGGAUGACUUUGUUUUUUCAUAACCGCGAGAGACUUCCGCGAAACGCGAACGAAACGAUGAUCUGUGAGGACGGCGUGAUUCGAGGGCAGAGCGUCACCGCGCGGCUUCUGAGGUGAACCUGCAGGGGGCGACAGGCUUGUUUGACCACAGAGCCUUUCUAAAGAACGGCAGCAAUGUACGACAUCCGGAAAAGUUUGUUUCCGGGUGCGCCGACCAGUCCUGGCGCACCGCGUGGAUCUGUCACCGCCAAGGUCAGGGCUGAGAGAAGAGAUUCUCAUCGGAGAGCCUCAGCAGAAGAAAAAGUGGUUGAGGCAAAGGAGCCUGCCAGACGGCUCUCAACCGGCGUGUCAGCGGCAGUGUCGCGGUCAGACUCCAUCGCGGAAGAAGAUCGUGGCAGCAUUCUUGCCGCAAAGGGUCUUGCGAACGAAACGGAUUUCUCUGAUGCACUCCUUGCUCUCUCCAAUGAGUCAAACACGAUGGACUUGGAACUUGGGGAACUGGUGCGGAGGUUCCAACUGAUGGUAACAGACAACAGUCGUGCCAUCGCUGUACUGGAGGGUCACAUCAGUGCGCUCGCGCCUAUCGGUGAUGACGAGAGCAAGGAAUAAGCACAAGGGAAAGGCGAAGAGCAGGCGAAGCGAGUUGGUUGGCAGCACUGACUUACUUUUCUAGGCCUUCUGAGGCAAUGUCUUCAUCAACUGAAGAAACUUACGCCUGGGCAUCAAACUUCGGGACGUGUGAGAAGCAGUUACAUUCGUAAGCAAAGAUUGCGUUUAACAGAUGCAAUCGACUGAAGCAGCUCCAUUCAUAGUUAUGCAGAACAAACAAAGAGCUUGGUGCAGACUUGAGAUUAAGUUCCUUCCCCCGCAACGAAACCCCCGAACAACUCCGGGUGAAGUUGGAAGGCGGAGUCUUACGGCCCGCAUUCAGAAAACUCAGGUGCGGCACGUGUCUCGAAACGGAGGGUGGAAAGCUCGGUGUUUAGCGGCUACCAAUAGAAUGUGAUUUCUACGCUAGUCGCUCUUUUGAGCUGCGCACCUUUCUGUAGUGGUUCGACGGGUACUUCGCUUUCAGAAAAAUCAUACAUUUGCAACGGCGCUUGGUUGAAGCACACUGCUGUAAGUCGUUCGACUAUCAGCAACAGAAUUCCAAUUCCGAUGCUUUUUCUGUGAGUCGGAUGCUUCAAAGAAGAGACGGAUUGGGGCUAUUGUUGUUGUAGCGUGAAAGGAUGUAUGGAUUUUAGUCGCUUUGUUGCGGAUCGUUACGUCUCUGCUGCGGAUUUACGAGUUUAAAAUGCUUUUGCUUGCAUUGGAUGCUUGAGAAGCGUCAUCAGUGGCUUCGUGACAAACGAAAUAUGUUACUCUACAGGUUAGGCCGUGGCAAACUGGACGUUUUGGAGAGUGCGCUGGACGCGUCUCUUUCGUGGGUUUUCCCCCUGUAGACCCCCUAAAUCACCGAACUUUGCUCAUGCUCUGCCUUUGAAUGGCUCACUCUGUGUCAAUGAUAUUUAUGAAGUCCUC